AUGAAAUUCAAUUACUUUUUCUUCUUUUCAGCAGCUUUUGCUGUCUUAGUCCACUGGUGCACUGCAAGCGAAGGUCGGCCGCUGCUGCAGCAGCAGCAGCAGACCACCGGUUCCUUCCUUGAACUCCGCAACAGCACAGAUGCAGGAACAGCUGUAGAAGGAGGAAGCAACACAGAAGAAUCAGAGAAGGCAUCAAGUAAGGAAGGAGAGGGAGAAGAAGAGGGCUCACAAGCAGAGGGAUCCUCCCAGGGCUCUUCUGCUUCGACGCAACAGGAACAGAAACCGCAGCAGCAGCAGCAACAGCAGCAGCAGCAGGGUGGUGCAGCAAAUGAAGGAAGUUCCUCCUCUGAAUCUGCUGGUGCAAGCAGCAGCGAGACUGCUGCUCCUGCAGGUGAGGAGGAAGGAUCUGCUGCUGCUGCUGCUGGUACUUCAGAGAAGGAAGCAGCAGAAGAAGGAAGCAGCAAAAAAGAAGCAGAAGGACAACAACAACAACAACAGCAGCAGCAGCAGCAAGUUGCACAAACUCAGCCGGAGAAAGAAGGAGCAGGAACAGCAGCAACAGCAGCAGAAACAGCAGCAGAGGAAUCACAGUCUGCUGCUGAGUCCCAGCAGGCUUCUGCAGCAGCAACAGCAGCAGAGCAGCAGCAGCAACCAAGCACUGCAGCAGGAGGAGAAGCACAGCAGCAGGCUACCCGCAUACAGACAAUUGCCCCUCAUGAACAUAAAGAGGGAGGUGCUGCUCCUGCUGCUGCUGCUGCUGCUGCUGCAGUUACACCCCGUGUAGAGGAAAUUACAGCUC